ACAACCAAAUGGCCAUGGCAACAGCCACACAUUGAGCAACACAACAAUGAGACAACAACACCGAUUGUGUCAACGAAUCAAUCCCAUACGGUUGGUUUCUACGGUAAGAUCCACUGUUCCUAAUAAUACUCACAAUGUCUUGAUCUCCUCUACUAGAGUAGAGCCUACUACUGGUCAGGGCCCCCUUGCAGGCAGCACCUACAUCUGUAAAGACAACAUAGUGACCAAAGUAGGAUUCACGACAUCCGCAUCGAAAUCGCUCGAAAACUACAAGUCUCCAUUCAAUGCAACCGUAGUAUCACUUCUAGCCCAGGCAGGACUGAAGCUCAUUGGUAAAUCGAACCUAGAUGAAUUCGGGAUGGGUUCUUCUAACACAAACUCUCACUUUGGUCCAACUAUGAACCCAGUAUAUCCAGAUCAGAGAGUACCCGGUGGUUCGUCUGGUGGGUCUGCUGCCGCUGUCGCCGCCGGAUUGGCUGAUUUCAGUUUAGGUACAGAUACAGGUGGUUCCGUGCGAUUGCCGGCCAGUUAUUGUUCUGUGAUUGGGUUCAAGCCUAGUUAUGGAAGAAUAUCGCGAUGGGGGGUUGUUCCCUAUGCACAAACUUUGGAUACUGUGGGGAUCAUUUCCAAGUCUUUGAAUGUUGUGCGAAAAGUGUUUUCCGUGCUUGAUGUUUAUGACGAGAAGGAUCCUACUAGUUUACCCCAGAACAUAAGGAACGAGUUUAAACCCAGCACAUGCAAACAAUUGACCGUCGGUAUUCCUAGCGAAUUCGUGCUUGACGAGUUAUCCCCUGAAACUAGGGCUGCAUGGUCACAAGCAUUAACCAAGUUACAAGAAGCAGGACACAAUAUCAAACCAAUAUCAAUUAAAUCAAUAACAAAGAGUUUGCCAGCAUACUACACCCUAGCUACAGCAGAAGCAGCAUCCAAUCUUUCCCGUUAUGACGGAGUACGAUACGGCUACAACAACAACAACCAACACACAAAGGACGCCAUGAACUUAAUAGUGUCCAAUAGAUCAGAGUCUCUUGGUCCCGAAGUUCAAAGAAGAAUCAUCCUCGGAAACUACACUUUAUCAUCAGACUCAGGUGAUCAUUACUUAAAGGCAACUAAAGUAAGACAAGAACUAGUAGAGGAAUUUUCCAGCUUGUUCAAAACAAAACAUGCCCUUGUUGAAACUGCUUCGGGUGAUUGUGAUUUAAUGAUUUCUCCAACAUCAAUCGGUGAAGCCCCAACCGUGGAAGAGUUUUUGAAUGCAGACAAUGCCAAUUUCCUUAAUAGUUAUGUCAAUGAUAUCCUAACUGUGCCUGCUUCCUUAGCUGGCAUUCCUGCAAUUUCCAUACCCUUUGGAAAAUUAGGUAUCCAAUUAAUGGGACAAUUUGGUGACGAUGAAUUAGUAUUGCAAGUAGCUGAAACGCUACAAUAGUACAUCUGUAUAUAGUUAUAUUUAUUAUAGUACGUUCUGUAUAAAGGUAUGUUGAAUAUCAUAACAU